AUGACAACGGCCCAAGUCUUGCCAGGAAUCAAACUCCUGCGAUCGAUACCCUCCCCCAACUACCGACUUUACUCAUCAGCCACACAAACAUUGCGCCAAAAUACAAAAGAGCGCCCUCAAAGAACUCCCAACAGACCAGGACAAUCGCCGAAUCGAGACGGAACGAAAGGACGGCCUAAAACACCCCGGAUCUUCAUCCCACCAGCAAACGACCAUGUAUUACCAUCUGGAAGACUGCUCACCACACCAGAGGUCUGGUCAUUUCUUCAAGAAACAGGCAUCGAGUACGACAACUCUAAGGCUACACGUCUGCAUCUGGGGCCUGACGAACAAAAAGUGAAAGUACUAUUCAACUGCCUUGUUCAAUACUCGCCUAGAUAUAUUCUACACCCUUACCAUCUGCAACAUUUAAGGCCUGGAAUAGCACCAAUGUUACCCAUAAUCAUGAGCAAUUACCGACGCAAGUUGACCGAGGAGCCUCUCUGGACAUACACAAUAUGCAGGGGAGGGGGCAGUACUGUGGUGCGACACCUGAUGGCCAAAAGGCUGACAGGCGCAUUCUGGAGAGCCUUGAAAGAUCUCGGAUAUUCAACGAAUGGUCCGCGAGGAACGCUUAUGGUGACGAUCCACGAUCCUUUGAAAGUCGCCCAAGCCCCAGCUCAUAUUUUUGGCGAGGCUGUUGCGAAGCAAGUGAAGCAGACCUGGGAAGAACACAUGCUUCAAAAGAGACAUGGAUAG